GGCAUUUUAUUAUUCAACUUCCCAAGUUUGUGCUUUUACGUUUUCGUCAAGAUGUGGACCCAGAAAAGUACGCUUGCACUUAUUAAAGACAUUCGCCUCAAUCCAUGUUUGUGGAAUAUAAACUGUGAAGACUACAAAAGCCGAACGAAAAGAGUUACCGCUUACAAAGCUUUAGGUGCCAAAUACGGCAUUAAUGGGAAAGAGAUUGAACAAAAAUUUCAUGCGUUGAAGAAUCAGUUUCGCAGAGAACAUAGGCGGCUCGAGAAACAGGAGGAAGGCUUGUCUCCUAAGCAAAUACAUUGGUUCGGAUAUGAACCCCUACUGUUCUUGCUUAAUAACUGUGUGAAACCAAGUCAAGACAAAUUUAUCACUGAACAGGAUUUGGAGGAUUCGCAUACUAAACAGGACACAUCACUGGAAUAUGGGGAUGAAAACACAGAAUAUGAAGAGUAUGAAGUUUUAGAGACUGAAACUGAGGCACCUAAACCAUCCAAUCCGAUAACAUUCACAUCCAUCAAAAGGAAAAACAAUGAAACUGGUGCGGCAACAGCAACAGAGGCUUUUAAAUGUAUGAGGACUUUAGCAGAGAAAAUUUGCUCAAGAGAUGAGUUUGAUAUUUACGGAGAAUACAUCGCUUAUAAGUUAAGGGAAAGUGGACGAUCUCAUAAAGAAAUAUCUAUAGCGCAACACGAAAUAAAUACAAUUUGCUUUAAAUUGUGUAUGGGAGAGUUUGCACAGAACAUUGAGCAUUCAUUGGCGGGCUCCGUGCAUUCAAAUCCUGAGACUGGUGAUGUGGAGCUGAAUUACGUGCAGUAUGUCGAUGGUGACCUGCAAGUAGAUCCUAGUUAAAUAUAAUAUGAUGACAAGUAGGAGCAAGGUUAAGUUGU